AUGGUUGAUAAUAAGGAUGCUGGGCUCCCGGGGUGCAUACUCUGGGGGAGCCGGGUGGUGGUGCCCCCCCCCCUGCGCAGACAGGUAUUAGAGGAUCUCCACGAGACCCACCCGGGCAUCGUGAGAAUGAAAGCCCUGGCCCGGAGCUACGUGUGGUGGCCGGGCAUGGAUGAGGAAAUAGAGGGGUGGGUAAGAAGGUGCCAACCAUGCCAGGAGUCCAGACCCAAUCCGCCGUCCGCCCCGGUCCACAGGUGGGAGUCGAACGGGCGGCCGUGGUCCCGCCUCCAUGUGGAUUUCGCGGGGCCGUAUCAGGGCCAGAUCUUCUUUAUACUUGUGGACGCAUAUACAAAAUGGCUAGAGGUAAUCCCGGUGGCCUCGACCUCCACCGCAGCAGCAGUCAGGGCGCUCAGGAGGGUCCUCUGCACACACGGGAUCCCUGACACCCUGGUGACGGACAACGGCACGGCAUUCACAUCCCGGGAAUUCCGGGAGUUCACCGACCGCUCAGCAUUCCUGUUCCACAACAGGAUCACCCCAAACCCUGUAACCGGUUUCAGCCCCGCAGAACUGCUCAUGGGGAGGAAACUGACCACUCGUCUAGAUAGGCUACACCCGGACCGGGCGCCGGAUGUCCGCGGGUCCCCCGAGGUCCGGGAAGCAGUGAGAGGAUUCUUUCCGGGCGACCCAGUGUAUGCGAAAAACUUCGCAAGCGGCCCCGAGUGGUUGGCGGGAAGGGUUCUGAGGGUGACAGGCUCCCGGUCAUACGAGGUAACCACCGCCGGAGGCCAGGUGCUGAGACGGCACAUCGACCAGCUGCGC